AUGACUACAAGUAUGAUAUCAGAAUCUGCUUAUUCUGAUUGUAUUAAAAAAUGUAUGCAAUGGAAUAGAAGAAUGCAAAUGCAAAGAAGACAAGGUGGUCCUGUUAUCGAUCAACAAACAGGAAUAAUUUUAAAACCAACACGUUUACAUCGUAUUAUUACUCAUAGAUUCCAUCCUGAUGGUCCUGGUAAAGUUUGCACAUAUGCAUCUCGUUCAUGGGUUAAAUGUGAUAAACCGUCUUCUGAUUAUAUUGAAUUAAAAUAUUUUAUAAAAUCAAAUAGAAAUAUUGGUGAUGUUAUUAAUACUUCUAAUGCUGUUGUAACUUCAGUUGUCUCAACAGAUAACAGUUUACCUGAAAGUCCUGCUAUGAAUCAAAGACAAUUAUCAUCUAUAAAAUAUGAAGAGACAACUGAAUAUGAUGAACCAUUAGAAGAAGAAAUUGAUGAAAUAUCUGAUGAUGAUGAAUAUAAUAAUAAAAAAAAGAAAGGUCGUGGUAGAGGAAGAGGUCCUAGAAAAUCAGGUAUUAAUUCUGGUAAUACUAUUAUUAAUACACCAAAACAAGAAAUAAUAGAUACAACAUCAUCAAUUGGUAAUACACCUGAAAAAAGAUUUAUUUGUCAAGCUUGUGGAGCAAAAUAUAAAAGUAGACCAGGAUUAAAUUAUCAUAAACAACAUAUACAUCCUGAUAUUGAUAAUGUGGCAGAUCCCUCAAUCCCAGAUCCUGUGAUAAAUAUUUCCACAACCUGUGACUUCUGCGGAGGCAAUAAACGUAGAAAUAAAAAAACAGGUAAAGCUGAAGUUUUGGUUUCAUGUCAUGAUUGUGGGCGAUCAUGUCAUCCUUCGUGUUGUGGUUUUACUGAAAAUAUGUUUACUUCUUUCAAAAAAUUUGGUUGGCAAUGUUUAGAAUGUAAAAGUUGUGCCAUAUGUGGUACCUCAGAUAAUGAUGAUAAAUUGUUAUUUUGUGAUGAUUGUGAUCAUGGAUUUCAUAUGUAUUGUCUUAAACCUCCGUUAGAAAAAGCACCUGAAUCUGAUUGGUCCUGCGAUUUAUGUAAAAAUGAAUAUAAAAAAAACAACUAA